CUUCACCCUUCCCACCCUCGCCUUCGCCUUCAACUUCUCAACUCUCUCUACUUAUUCUUCUCCACCACCAAUUCUACUUUCUGCACUCUCAUUCCUUCUACUUGUUGUUUGCUCUUUGAGUUACUCACAACCCCCCCGACUGCUCUCUCCGAGACCAUGUUUCCAUUCUAGGCAAACCUUCGAGACAAGCAGCGAAACUUCUUUAUCUUCGCUGUAAUCCGCCUCCCCUGGCCUCACUGUCCGACCCAGCGAACCCGCCCGCGCAAUCAUGGAAGGCUAUCUUCUCGUGCCUCCCGAACGGUCCGCCAUAAUAGGCCGCGCUGUGUGGAAGCCUCGCUACGUCGUCCUCGGAACCAAUGGCCCGAGGCAUCCCAUGGCCCCGAAACCCUCCCUGCCACGCUCGACCUCAGCAAGCAAACUCCAUGCCGCGCGCCAGGGCCUCAAGGCCACCUCUGUCUUCCAGAGUUCCGAUGACCUCGCGCGCUUCGAUCAGGACCAGCUCUGGCUCACUGUGACUAAACAGAAGGGCGACUCGGAGAUCAUAUCGCAGAACCUUCUCUCAUCGAUACGCAGCUGCGAAAUCCAGAGCAUCCAGUUCCGCAAGCCAGGUCCGGCUGUCCCGACGCUCAUCCUGACCUUCGAGCUCGAUGCGGCGGCAGAGCGCAUGCGUAAGCGCCGCUCGAGUCGCUCCGGACAGCUGACUUCGCCGUCGAGCACGUUUCCGAACUCACUCCUUUUCCGCCCGAUGCCCGAUGAGCGCUUUAAUAUCUACGAUUGGCAGGUGACGAUCGCGCCGCGCAUCCGCCCGACCACAGCAGAACGCGGAGAUGCGUCGUCGAACGACUCGGCAUCCCUCUUCGCCUUCGUCAACCCCUUUGCCAAUUCACAGAAGCCAUCCGAGCGCCCUACAAUAUCCAACCCCAUCCCACAACCAGAGCCAUUCCUCCACCAUCGCACCUCGACCAAAGACCACCGACGCCCCCCGAAAUCAAUUAGUCUGAUCUCGCCCUCUCCUUCCUUACGCUCGCGGCAUAGCGACCUCUCCUCUCCAGCCUCGUCUUUCUCACCAUCCGGGCCCCUGCCUAUCCAGCACCCCCCUCUCCCCUCACCAGCCUCGACACUCAACCACGACGGCGACCUAAUUUCCGGCUGGACUUCCGCCCAAGGUCGAUCCUCGGCCCUCUCACACUACACACACGCUUCCACCCCGCCCACCGCUCCUCGGGAAACAAUCCUUGACCGCGCCUUCUCUAUGCGCUAUAUUCCCGGUGCCGCCGAUGCACCUCCUCCAUCCGAAGAGGGCAAGCUGAGCAGCAUCGAGCGCUUUGAGGCCCUAAUGCGCGACCACGAAGCGCGCAAGAACCGCCCCGCCGCACCCACGCAUAACCGCAACGAAAGUGUAGCAGAGUGGGACAUCGACGAAGCCUCCGAGUCAGAUGAUUCCGAUAUCGACCCCACCGCCCCAAAUCCUCGCGCACAGAAUGCGCGCCGCGUCGAUACUCCCGAAGACGACCCUAUGGCGUGGAGCAUGCAUACCAUCUCCGCGCCUACGCAGCGCGCGCUCGGCUAUGUCUCGGGUCGCACCACGCCGGCCACGGGACGUCCGGGGAGCGCCCGGAGCGAGAACCACCCGCCUAUGCCAACUAUGAGGGCCCGUCCUGGUGGAGGGGGACGCGCGAGACCGGCGAGUCUGAGUUUGGCAGGGAUGGGAACAAGGAUUAUUCCUCCUGCACCGAGGACUGUUGAUACUGCCGAGGAAGAGGAAGAUGAGGAAGAAGAGGAAGAAGAGGAAGAAGAAGAGGAGGAGGAGGCAGAUGAAGAGGAUGAGGAAGACGACGACGAGGAAGUUGACCUCGACUCCACCGCCUUCCCACAACCCCCCAGCAGCCCCUUACCACGCUCCCGUACCGCCCCGCCCACGCGACCCCCACUAUACCACCGCCAUAGCAGUGCGAGCUCCUUCCUGCCCGUGCAGACGAACGUCUCCAGCGCAGCGGCCAGCUCGCGAAAUAGCCACAACAGCGACGCCAGCUCAGGCUUCGGACUUCCGGAGGCUGAAACAGUGCUGGGGCGCGGCUUGAGCCAGGCGAGGCUGAGUGGACUGGUUAGGGGGACGCGGCCGGGGGUGCUGCAGAGGGGUGUGAGUGAGGAUACGAGAUGUGGUGGUGGGUGGAGAGGGAAUGGGAUGUUGGGUGGGAUGGAGGGGGGUUUCAUGUGAUUCCCUCUCUUGAUGAUUCCCCCUAUUGAUCCUCCACAUCGCCGCCGGACACGCUUGUGAUUAGCGGUUGAGAUUAUGGGUGGAUUUGUUUUUGCUUGAGCCUUUUUUUGCUUCCUUUCUUGCAUGGCUUGGUUUGAUGAUGUGAUGAUGAUUCGAUUUGAUUGAUACCGGCAGAAGCUGGUUAGGGAGGUUUACUGAUUCUGAUAUGAUGCAUGGAUGGGCGUGUAGGAUAUACCACCGCCUCCGUACCUUCUAGGGUGGGGGGUUGGACCGCGACUUGUGCAUUUUUUUUGUAUUUGGAGUUUCAGGGGAGGGAAGUGGGAUGGGAGAUAGGGGACGGCAGCAUAUAUGUCGAGAGAGUGUGUAAUGUGUUUUUGAUUUACUGGCAUAGUACGAGAUGUCGGCGCCGUGAUGGAGGCGCAUGCUGUAUGUAGACGAUUUAGGGGCCGAGAUGGCCUGCCUGCAUGGGGGUAGCCUGGAGCGAAUAUGAUGAGAUGAGAUACCAUAAAUCAUUAUUACUUUUGUCCAC